AACAAAUUGACUUGAACUUUUUAAUAUUAUCAUGAGAGUCUCUCUAGUAGUGGGUGUAUAUAUAAAAAAGUGAGGUAUUAAAGCCAACAAUAAAAAGAAUAGCAGAGAAAGAAAAUGGCUCCGUCGUCUUCAUCUUCUCCUUCCAAAUCUCCUGUUCCAUCUCUUCACCCAUCCCUUCAUUUCACUCCCAUUCCAGAAUGCGAAGAAGACGACUUCCACGAAGAACGAUACAAAAACAGAGCAACACCAAGCAGCGACGGCGGCUCUUCCGCUACUCCAAGUCGCCACCGUCACCACCGCCGCAGUGACGAGAACUACCAACACACGCUAACGCCUCUCCACCACAACGGAAACAGAAAACGGCACGACUCCUCCGACGACGAAUACGGAGGAGCAGUCUCCUGCAACAAGUGUCGUCCUCACCACUCUCACCGCGAAAAAUUCUCCGUCGUCCCCCUCGAAAGCCACCACCACCACAACAACAACAACCCUUCCUUCAUCUCCAGCCCCAACCUCAUAAUCAAAUCAAUCUUCCAAUCCCUCACGCGGAGAAGCCCCAAACCCUCCUCCGCCGCAGCGUCUUCCCUUCCGCCGCGCUCUUCCUCCUCCUCCGCCUCCGCCUCCGCCGCAGACGCUUCAAGAGAAGAGCAGUGGCGGCUAGCCGUGGCGGAGCUCUCUCACAAACUCAUCCAAGCCACGAAGAAGAAAGAAGACGCCGUCGUCGAAGCUUCCCGGCUGAAAACGUCCAUGUCGGAGCUCGAGAAGAAGCUCAACAAGCUCGAGAUCUACUGCCACAACCUCAAAUCGGGCCUCGACGAGUGCAGCAACAACAACAAGAAACAGAAUGUUCCUGUCCGAAAAGACACGUUCAACGACAGGAUCAUCCAGCAGUUUCUUGUGUCGGUCUCGGAGUCUCGUUCUUCGAUCAGGGCUUUGAGCAGAGCUCUCGCGUCGCAGCUGCGUACCGUCGGUGGGAAAGUCUACGAGCGGCUCUCUCUCCUCCUCCAGCCUUUCGACGUCAAGAUCAACUCUUUCGCGAAGAACCCUAAAAGCUUGAUCUUUUACCUCGAGGCGAUCCUGAGCAGAGCCUUCUUCGAGGACUUCGAAGCUUCCGGGUUUCAGAAAAACGGGUCGACCCGGAUUUUGAACCCGAUUGAUCGCUGCGAGUCUAAUUACGCUUCGUUCAACGUCUUGAUGGAGCUCACGUGGGACGAGGUGUUGAGCAGAGGGACGAAGCAUUUCUCCGAGGAGUUUAGCCGGUUCUGUGACCGGAAGAUGAGCGACGUCGUUUCGAUGCUUUGCUGGAACCGAGCGUGGCCUGAACCGCUUUUACAGGCUUUCUUUGGGGCGUCGAAGAGUGUUUGGUUGGUUCAUCUCUUGGCUAACUCGGUGAACCCGGGUUUGCAGAUCUUUCGCGUGGAGAAAGAUGACCGUUUUGAUCCGGUUUACAUGGAGGAAACUGGUGGGGAUCGGUAUAAGAGUGUGGUUCGAGCUAUGGUUCAACCUGGGUUUUAUGUGUAUGGUAGUGUAGUUAAGUGCAAGGUGGUUUGCAAGCAUUGCGGCAGCGACGACGAGGAAGUAGUGGAAGACCGUGUGGUCAAGGAAUGUAAUAAAAACGACAAGAGUUUAAUAAGCAUUUGUAGCCCAUUACGAGUUUAGUUUACUUGAUUAAGGAGAUAAAAAAUUGGUGAGUUUUGUUUUGUUCUAUGAGCUUGUAAUUAAAGAAAGGGGGAAUGACCUUUGCAAGUGAAUAUUUUAAAACUGGUUCUAUUUAAAUAACAUUUACAGUGAAUA